AUGCUCUACACGGUUGUAGUAGCUCUGUCAUGGUGGGUUGGGGCAUUACCUGCUGAACCUCUCUCUUUGUGUCCAUGGUUGGCGGUGCAUGAUGUCCGGUGGGUCAUUGAUCAGGUCUACAAGAAGGCUUUGUCUAGCUCUCAGGGGACAAAGCGAGGUCGUGACAAUGGCACCGUUGAUGCUACACAGUCAGCUAAGGCCAAGAGGCAUUGUUCGGGUUAA